UACGUUAUUUUAUCACCACGACGUAGCGUUCGCUGUCUGUACGUGAACUGCCAAGCAAAAACGUAGCUACAGCCUGUGAAAUUGAAUUUCUAAUGUAUGGUUUAUCUAACGUUGUAAAAUAUCCAGCUGAAUACGUCUCCCUAUCUGUAUCGGCAUGCCCUGUUUGGGCCUAGUUUGCUUGCUAAACACUUAGCUAGCUAGCUACUUAGCAAACUUCUUACGCCAUAAAUAUUGCUAUUGCUAGCUACAGCACAGAACAAGCUGCAAUGAGAACUGUGUAGGUAACAACUAACUCGCUCAAUAAUAGCAUUGGUGUGAUAUUGAUUAGUAAGCCAGGCCCUCUCCACAACAUGUAUCACUAACUGCGCGUGUUUAGCUACGUAGCCAAUUGAAACGGGCCUAUUAAAGCCAAGCUUAUGAUCCCUACCGCCAUAAUCACCCCUGUAAGGCCAGUUGGUGGUAGCCACAAUGAAGUGCCCAAUAGCUUCUGUUAAUUGCCAAUAGCCCACCUCAUCUCAUGCAAGCUAAACCAGCCUUGAAGACAUUGAAGGGAGAUGUGCUCUUGAAUUACAAAUGUUAUCAUUAGCACACAACUGUGUCUUCAUAUCACUUAGUGAGACCUCAACCUCCCUCAUGGCAUCAUCUGAGGUCAAUGUUCAUGUGGAGGAGGUGGUAGUCGUGACAACGCCGGAUGGAGCAGGGGAGGGCUCAGCUGCCGAAGUGAAGACUGUGCUGGUGGCUACAGAGCUGACACAACCGGGGGAGGAACUUGCAGAUGGAAGCAUUGAGUCUGAAACCGAUGCCACCACCACUCUGACAAAGGAGGCAAUCUUAGUGAAGCUGUCAGGUGAGAUGGAUGUGGAGGCUGACGUGGUCUACCCGGUCACCUGUGGGGACGUGAAGGCCACUCUGGUCUGGAAGAAGUUUGUUUGUCCAGGCAUCAACAUCAAAUGUGUCCAAUUCAAUGAGCAUCUCAUCAGUCCCAAGGAGUUUGUCUAUAUGGCUGGGAAAUCUACACUGAAAGACUGGAAGAGAGCCAUCCGAGUGAACGGCACAAUGAUCAGGAAAAUCAUGGACUCUGGCGAGCUGGAUUUCUACCAGCACUCCAAAGUGUGCUCCAACACAUGCCGCAGUACCAAGAUUGACCUAGUGGGGACCAGAGUGUCACUCAGAAGCCAGCAGUCCACCGACUACGUCCCUGUCACCCCCUCCUCAGCUGACAUGAACGGAUCACAGGCCACGUUUCCAACAGAAGUAUCAUCAGACGAGACCACAGAAUGGGUCACGGCCAUAGGAGAGGACUCUGUGACGUUCUGGAGGGGUCUGAAGGAGGCAGGGCUGCUGGAGGAGGUGGUGGAGGACUUCCAGAAGGAGAUCCAGGAGGUGCUAAAGGGCAUGCAGGAGCGCAUCACCGAGCCUCCCCUGCAAGUUAAUGACGCUGUGCUGCUGAACAACAUAGUGCAGAACUUUGGCAUGCUCGACCUGGUUAAGAAGGUGCUGGCCAGUCACAAGAGCCAGAUGGACCGAUAUAGGGAGCAGUAUUCACGCAGUCUUGUCGCUCUGGAGCAGCAGUGUGACGAGCACAGGAAACGUGCCAAGGAGCUGAAAAGCAAAUCCCAACACCUCAACAAUGUCCUCAUGAACCUGACUCCCGUGGCCACGCCACCCACGCCGAAACGCCCCCGCCUCACCCGCGCCGUCUCAGGCCCCGCCGUUAUGUCCAGCGCCCCAACCCAGAUCACCCUGCCCCUCACCCAGCUCACGGGCCUGCCUGCUGGGUGCAAAGUUCUCUCGAUGGGUGGCGCGGUUGGUGCCGGCCAGCAGACCUACACGGUGCUGACAUCCCCCGUGGGCGAGUUGGGCCCAGAUGCCUCCAAUCUGACGGUACUCUCUUCAGCCGCCGCCGUUCAGGAGGGCGCCGCCGCCACAACGGCCUUCAUCAAGAUGGUCAGCCCGGGCUACCAGCUAAUCACGCUGCCUGCCGCGCUGGGAACCCAGCUACAGGGCUUUGCAGGGGGCACGCUCCAGGGCACCCCCACCAUGGUGGCAAUGCCCAUGGGUAACAAUGCGCUGCAGGGUAUGGCAGCAAUAACGGCAUUGGAUACACAGGUGGACGUUCAGGUGCAGGAAGCCAAGGAGACGGUGGAGGUGGAGAGUUAGAGAGAUGUACUACUCCUAUAUUAUUACACACACACAGCAGGAACUGAGGCCCCGUUUGUCCUCACUGGUUUAAGUGCUGGAACCAGUGUAGGUCUAGUGGUGGUGAACUAUGAAGCACCCAUCUCAGUAAAACUUUAUAAAGAUGAAUUAAAACAUUUCUAACAACGUAUACAUGCACUGCCCGUUUUAGUCGUAAGAACCAUCACGUGUGUAUGUUUUUUCCCAACAUGCAAGUAGAUGCCAUCCCUGCUCAAAAGUCAUGAUCUUAGCUCUUCUCAGGUGUCAAUUUUCACAGGGGUGUACGUGCCAUGUUCACAUUAUUUCUUUACAUUAUGCUAAAAAUGUAGAUUCUACAAAUGCUCAUCUUUCAAUGUCAGAAUUAUUUUUCAUUUCAGCGAUGAAUUAACUGUAUAUAUCUUUUUGUUGAAUAUUACAAUAUUAAUUAUGUUUGUUUCUGAAAAUGAGAUACAAGACUUUGCUCACACACAGUAUCAGCGCAUGUGCGCGGGUUCGCCUCAGGCUGUUAGAGCGUAGCAGCCAGGGAACCAAAACAGAAGAGAAGUUGAGCCUCGUGCUUCAACGCUCUUAGUGGUUGCGGAAAUUGACCCACAAUGCUGUUUACUUAAUGCAUCUAUGUCAUAUCGCUGAGUCUACUUUUUAAAGCUUUGAACAAAUUGAAAGUGAACAAACUGGUUGUUUUGUUGGACUUGUAAGAGUGUACACUUUGUAAAUAAAUUUGCUAAAUUCUUCAAUCUUUGUAAUUUGUUAGGGCUAUGAGUUUUUGUCGAUUAGAACAGUUCAAUGUUAGUCGUGUUUCCACUGUAGUGUGCUCUGAAAUGACUGAAGUCUACAGUGCAUUCGGAAAGUAUUCAGACCUCUUUCCCUUAUUUCACAUUUUGUUACGUUACAGCCUUAUUCCAAAAUGGAUUCAAUCGUUUUUUUUUUUUACUCAAUCUACACACAAUACCCAAUAAUGUCAAAGAAUAACAGGUUUAGUAAUAUUUGCUAAUUUAUUCCAAAUAAAAAAACUGAACUCAACAUCA